UGAAUGAAUCACCACUAUACCACCUCACCUCUACAAUCUAAUUUCAUCAAAAUCAACCAACUUCAACUUUCUCUCUCCUAGGGUUUUAAUGUCCACCUUCAACAAAGGUGACAAACUCGAAAUCCUCAGAACCACCACCACCAACACCACUCCGGCAUGGUUUCCGGCAACCGUAAUCGACUCACCAUCUCCCUCCGGCACCCUGCACGUCAAGUUCACAACAUUAUUCGUCGAAAAGGACCGUAAGAACGGGACACGAAAAAGGAAGAAGAUCAAAGAUUACGUCAGCGUAACCGCCGGCGUCAUACGCCGGGUUCCGCCGCCGGAGCCGCACCGGCGGUUUGUGGUUGGGGAAGAGGUGGAGGUGCUGUACGGCUGCGGGUGGCGGAGAGCGGUGGUGAAGGAGGUGGUGGAGGAUGGUAGGUGUACGGUGGUGGUUGGUGGUGCGGUGGAGGUUGUGGUGGAGAAUCGGAAUGUUAGGGUUUGUUGUUCUACUGCUUCUGGUUUUGAUUCACAGCAGGAAAAGUCAACUGAUGAAUUGGUUUUGCAAUCCCCAAAGCCAACAAAGUUGAGAAUUAUAUGUAGUAAACAGAAUUCAAAAGCUGCUAUCUUCCAAAAGGGUGCUCGAGUGGAGGCUAGAUCCUACGAAGAAGGUUACCAUGGUGCAAGGUAUGUUGCCACAGUUAUCGGAACGGUAGGCGAAGCCAAAUUUCUGGUGCAAUACGACACACUGACAACAGAUGACCAGAUGCAACCGCUUGUUGAAAUGGUUCAUGUUUCAAACAUUAGGCCGCUUCCACCAAUAAUCCGUCGAGAACAUCGUUUUAACAUGCUUGAAGAAGUGGAUGCAUGGUAUCAUGAUGGAUGGUGGGUGGGUGCUGUUACAAAAGUUCUUGCUAAUUUAAAGUACGUUGUCUUCUUCUGGACAACCAAUGAGGAACUUGAGUUGCAUCAUUUGGACCUAAGAUCCCAUCAAGAAUUGAUCAACGACAAGUGGGUUGCUUCUUUUUCGAGACCAAAAGUUGCUGAAAAUCCUAGACUUGAAAAAAUGAAGUUACAAACAGGUAGAAGAAAAUUAAUGAUGGAUCUUUUAUGUGGACUGAAUGUAGAAAUAGCACAUGGCGCAGGAAGGUUUCUGAGUACUUGGUACCCUGCGGUAAUUCUCGAGCGAGUUUCUAGCAAAAAGUAUUUGGUGGGAUAUCGAACACUAAAACCGAGGAACGGGCCUGAACAUGUUGAAGAGGUGGAUGUGUCGUGCAUAAGGCCUUCACCGCCUAUAAUCCAACAGGCUUAUCAGUUUAAACCGGGCGAUGCAGUUGAUGCUUGGGUUGUUAACGGGUGGUGCAUCGGGCAAAUCCGCACAACUAUGAACUUCAAGUAUGAGGUUUAUUUUUGGGCUACAGAUAGUGUGGUUGAAUUUCAACAUGCAUAUUUGAGGCCACAUCAAGACUUUAUUAAUGGAGCAUGGCUUGGAAGUUAUAUAAAGCAGGAAUGAUGGGACUGUUUUGAAAGUAGCUACUAAUAGGGGGAUGCUGUUGUAUGUAUGAUCUGCAGUAUAUUUUUAACUAAUGCAGAUGACCACUAUUGUAUGAUAUAUGCAGUAUAUUUUAACU